AUGACAGGAGCAGCGAUGUCCCCGGUCGGCCCGAUCCUCGUCGAGACCGACCGCGCCCUCGUUGAAGCCGCCGAGCAGUGGCACGAGGCCUCUGCGGUAGCGCUCGACACCGAGUUCGUUCGCACCCGCACUUUUUUCGCCCGCCUCGGCCUGGUGCAGGUGGCCACCGACGAGCAGAUUUGGCUGGUCGAUCCCUUGCAGCUCGACCCGGCACCGAUCAUCGGCCUGAUGAAAGAUCGCAACGUGGUCAAGAUCUUCCAUUCCUGCAGCGAGGAUCUGGAGGUGCUGCAUCGGCUGAGCGGUGACUUUCCCCAGCCGCUGUUCGACACCCAGCUGGCCGCCGCCUUCACCGGCCAUGGCUAUUCACUCGGAUACAGCCGGUUAGUGGAGCGUUUUCACAGCGUCGAGCUCCCCAAAGGCGAAACCCGCACCGAUUGGACCCGUCGACCGCUGUCCUCGGCCCAGCUGCGCUACGCCGCCCAAGACGUGCUCUAUUUACUGCCGAUCUACCGGCGUCUCCAAAGCGAGCUCGACGAACUCAGCAGGUCGGACUGGCUGAGAGAAGACCUGGCCGGGCUGAUGGACAGCGAGCGCUUCCUACCCGACCCGCGAAAGGCCUAUCGCAAGAUCAAGGGCGGCGGACGGCUCGACCGCCGCCAACGAGGGCUACUACGCGAUCUGGCCGCCUGGCGCGAGCUCGAGGCCCGUCGCCGCGAUCUGCCGCGCAACUUCGUGAUCCGCGAACAGGUGUUGAUCGAUGUUGCCCAACGCCAGCCGACCGACCAGCAACAGCUGUUGCGGAUCGACGGCCUCGACCACGGCGCGGCGCGGCGCUUCGGCGACAAGCUGCUGCGCAUGGUCGAUGAGGCCAAAAGCGCUCAGCGAUGA